ACCAUGGAGAGAGGUAACCACACAAUAUCUGAGUUUAUCCUCUUGGGAUUCACCUCUGACCCUACCACACAAUUGGUCCUGUUUGUGGUGUUUCUCAUUAUGUACACAUUGAGUGUGUUAGGAAACAUCACUCUUAUCGUGUUGAUCUGCAAUGACUCCAGGCUCCACACACCCAUGUAUUUCUUCAUUGGAAAUCUGUCUUUUCUGGAUCUCUGGUUGUCUACUGUCUAUACUCCAAAGAUCUUAGCCAUAUGCAUAUCUGAAAAUAAGAGCAUAUCCUUUGCUAGCUGUGUGGCUCAGUUCUUCUUCUCUGCAGGACUGGACUACAGUGAGUGUUACCUGCUGGCUGCUAUGGCUUAUGACCGCUAUGUGGCCAUCUCAAAGCCACUGAUUUAUUCUCAAGCCAUGUCUAUGAAACUAUGUGCAUUUUUUGUAGCAGCGUCUUAUAUGGGUGGCUUUAUUAACUCUUCCAUCAUCACCAAGAAAACUUUUACCUUUGAUUUCUGUAACGACAACAUCAUUGAUGACUUUUUUUGUGACUUGCUUCCUUUGGUGAAUCUGGCUUGUGGUGGCAAGGAGGGAUACCAGGCCCUGAUGUACUUCCUACUGACCUCCAAUGUAAUGAUACCCAUUGCUCUAAUCCUGGCCUCCUAUAUCUUCAUAAUUGCCACUAUCUUGAGGAUCAGUUCCACCCAGGGUCGCAUGAAGGCCUUCUCAACCUGUUCCUCCCACCUCAUCUCUGUGACUUUGUACUAUGGCUCCAUUCUCUACAUCUACUCUCGUCCCCGUACCAGAUAUUCUUUAGAUUCAGACAAAGUUGUUUCAACAUUUUACACAGUAGUUUUCCCCAUGUUGAAUCCCUUCAUCUACAGCCUGAGGAAUAAGGAUGUGAAAGAGGCUCUGAAUAAACUUUUCAAGAUCAUUCCUUUGUGA